UGGCAGGUUUGCGCUGCUUUUCGCGUGUGCCGGGCGACGGAGCGUCUUUCAUCUCCGGAUACUUGCGCAUAUCGGCGGGAAAAACGGCGUCACCGAGUGCUUCGAAACGCCGACAAGCUACGGAGUAACCUGCUAAAAGAGUGAUCGCGCCUUGCACGGAUAGAAGCAGGGUGUCGAAUACGGCGAUAUGUGCCUGCUUCCCUCGUUGCACUGCGAGCAACGGCUACUCCUCGCCGGGAUCUUCGGUGACUGCGAAGACGGCGAGCGUGCUGUGUAGUAAUUCGUACACCUGUGUAGAGCUUAUCUUCAAAUGACUGCUACUACGGCUCGUCGAAGACUCGGAUGCACUCGCCUCGCAAUCUCUCGAAGUCGUCUCGGAUAUAACACUUUCGAGUUCACUUAAAGCGCCUUGGCUGCGGUGCUUUCGGGCCGGCGGCGGCGACAUGGCGACGGCCACCGCCGAGGAUUCUAGCAUGGCGUCGCUGUCGCUGGCCGCCGAGCGGGAGGCUCCCCGGAGGCGUCGACUGGGCCGCUGGCUGCGCGAGCUGCCCUGGAGGUGCUGGCGGUGCUGCUCGCGGGCCGCGGGCAAGGACGGUGGUACCCCGGGUACCGAGCCCAACCGGCGGCUUGUACCCAACCACACGGUGCCCGACGACACUCCGGCCGCGCAGCACCCGAACCGCGGGUUCGCCGACAACGCGGUGCGCACCACCAAGUACACGCUGCUGUCGUUCGUGCCGCGCAACCUGUUCGAACAGUUCCACCGGUUCGCCAACCUGUACUUCCUGGGCAUCGUGCUGCUCAACUGGGUGCCGCAGAUCAACGCGUUCGGCAAGGAGGUCGCCAUGAUACCCGUGCUGUUCGUGCUCGGCGUGACCGCCAUCAAGGACGCGUUCGAGGACCACCGCCGAUACGUGUCCGACAAGCGCGUCAACAACUCCACCUGCCGCGUCUACAACAAGCAAUCUGGCCGCUACGUGAAGACGCUGUGGAAGCACGUCCGAGUCGGGGACAUUGUCCACCUAUCCUGCAACGAGGUCAUCCCAGCGGACAUUCUGGUUUUGCGUUCGAGCGACGAUCAAGGGUUGUGCUACAUCGAGACGGCCAACUUGGACGGCGAGACGAACCUCAAGCAGAGGCAGGUCGUCCGAGGAUACGCCCAACACAGUGAUACCUUUCAUCCGCUGUCAUUUACAAGCACAGUGGAAUGUGACCCACCAAACUGCAAGAUCUACAGAUUUCAUGGAUUCAUCUGCCAUCCUACUGGUGAAAAGGUGCCAAUCACUUCUGACAAUUUACUGCUUCGAGACUGUGUUCUCAAGAAUGCUGACUUCGUCGAAGGCAUUGUUGUGUAUGCUGGAUUUGAGACCAAGGCAAUGCUCAACAACAAUGGCCCAAGGUACAAACGCAGCAGGCUGGAGCGAUUUAUGAACAGAGACAUCGUCUGGUGCAUUGUGAUACUUCUCGUCUUGUGCUCUGUUGGUGCAAUUGGUUGUGCGUUAUGGUUGAGAUCUUUCGAAAACCGCAAGGAAGUCAUAUUUAUACCUUAUGAACAGGAGAACAGGUACAUACCUGCUGUUGAAGGCUUCAUCGCAUUUUGGACAUACAUAAUUAUUCUUCAGGUGAUGAUACCACUGUCGCUGUAUGUCUCAAUUGAGAUCAUCAAACUUGGCCAAGUGUUUCACAUCCACGAAGACAUAGAGCUUUUCGACGAGCGAUCUAAUCGGCGCCUCGAGUGCCGUGCUUUGAACAUUCCUGAGGAGCUGGGCCAGGUGCAGUACAUAUUUUCAGACAAGACAGGAACGCUCACCGAGAACCACAUGGUGUUUCGGCGCUGCACCAUCGGUGGCAGAGACUACAAUCACCACCACCCGAGCGUGUCUGAAGCUGAGGAAAACGACAUCAAAAUACGCAGUUACAGCUGUGGCUCCAAGCCAUCUAAGGAUGACACGGUGUUCACGCUGAACCCUCAGCUGCAAAGGGAGCUGUCCAACAUGCAAUACCAGCUGCGCAUGGACGGCAGUGGCCAGCAGCUGUUCCUGAGCCCCGAGAGCCAACGGGUGCAGGAGUUCUUUCUUCUCAUGGCCACCUGCAACACCGUCAUUGUCUCGAAAUACCCCCACAAGGACAUAAUGAACAGCAGUGGCUUAUACCUAAACAAUGGUAGCGCCCAUCCAACAUCUCCGGAUGGUUGUAGGUCACCUCUGAAGCCGUCGUGUCUCUUACCUUCCUCGCUGCCAUCGCCCGUGGCUCGCAGUCCAGCGGUGGCGUCAACUCCUACGGAUUCCCACGCUUCGACACCAACGCGGCCGCACAAACUGGCCCUACCUUUUCUGAACUUUGUCACCAGCCCCUCGAGGCGAACCAUGACGCCAUCGCCUACACCAAGCCCUCAGCUCCAGCCAAUCUACGAAGCCGAGAGCCCAGACGAGAUUGCACUGGUCGACGCUGCUUCACGUUAUGGCUGCAAACUGCUUCGUCGUACGCCAGAUGCAGUCACACUCAUGCUGCCUGGUGAGGGGCUGAUCGAGUACAGAGUCCUGCACAUGCUGCCCUUUGACUCAUUCCGCAAGCGCAUGUCCAUCAUUCUACAGCACCCCAUCACCAAGCAGAAGGUGCUGUACUGCAAAGGGGCAGACUCGGCCAUCCUGCCGCUGCUAGCCCCUACCAAAGAUCAAGUCAUGCGCCAAGUUAUACUACGCACUCAACAGCACCUGAACCAGUACAGCAAGAAAGGCCUUCGGGUACUUUGUAUGGCCAAGAAGGUGCUGGAGGAUGAAGAGUACGAAGAAUGGCUGGAACAGCACAAGGCCUCUGAGCUCAGUGUAGGGGAUGCUGAGGAGAGGCUUGUCAACUCGGCUCGCCUUAUGGAGACAAACCUGGAGCUGCUGGGAGCAACUGGCAUCGAGGACAGGCUCCAAGAAGGGGUUCCCGAGACCAUAGCAGCACUACGGGCUGCUGGCAUUGUCAUCUGGGUCCUUACAGGAGACAAGCAGGAGACUGCAGUCAACAUUGCUUACUCUUGUCGGCUGUUCUCAGCAGACAUGGAAGUUAUAACACUCAACGCUCGUUCACAGGAGGCCACUGAGGAAACCAUCCGCUUCUACCUCGAGCAAGUUGACCGGUGCUUGACCUGCUUCACGGCAGACAUGGAGGAAAGCCAGAGACGGCGCUCUUUCUCCACGCUCCUUUCGCGACUCGCCAACUUCCUCUUCGGGAGGCGCGGUCCGGUCAGAAGCGAGCCGGUUGACGACACACAGCCGAAAUUCGGGGCCUCCCUUCGGCACCGAAAGAAGCGGGCGCUGGUCAUCGACGGUCGCACGCUAAGCUUUAUCCUCGAGCGCUCUGCGGAUCAGUUGUUCCUUCGCCUGGCGCAGCAGUGCAGCGUGGUACUGUGCUGUCGGGCCACUCCUCUACAAAAGGCAUGUGUUGUGAAUCUCGUUAAGGACAGGCUGAACGUGUUGACACUUGCCAUUGGCGAUGGUGCCAAUGAUGUGAGCAUGAUCCAGGCAGCUGACAUUGGCGUUGGCAUCAGCGGCCAGGAAGGCAUGCAGGCCGUCAUGGCAAGCGAUUUUGCCCUCGCCCGUUUUCGCUACCUCGAGCGACUGCUUCUAGUCCACGGACACUGGUGCUAUGACCGGCUGGCCCGGGCUGUAGUCUACUUCUUCUACAAGAAUGCUGCGUUCAUCUUCAUCCUCUUCUGGUACCAGCUGUACUGUGGCUUCACGGGAGCGGUCAUGAUAGACCAGCUCUAUCUGAUGCUGUACAACGUGCUGUUCACCUCGCUGCCACCGCUCAUUCUGGGCAUCUAUGACCAGGAUUGCCCUGCCCACCUGUUGCUCAAGAGGCCAGCCCUGUACACUCCCGGCCGAAAGUCCAAAACGUACACCAAGUAUUCCUUUUGGGUCAACAUGCUCGACGCAUUGUACCAGAGCAUUAUCAUCUUCUUUGUGCCAUUUUUUGUGUACUAUGACAGCGAUGUGGACAUCUGGGAGUUUGGGACCACCAUAUGCACCGCCUGCUUCUGCGUCCAGAUGCUGCACGUUGCCAUUGAGUGCAAGUCUUGGACCCUUAUGCAUGGGAUGUCUAUAGUGGCCAGCUUCUUUGUCUACUUCGGAUUCGCCCUUCUGUACAACAGCGUGUGCUACGAUUCCCCGACGCUCCAGAAUCCGUACUGGGUCAUGCAACAUGCCAUGUCCACUGCCCAGUUCUGGCUGUGCCUCUUGCUCAUUCCUGUUAUUAGCUGCCUGCCCAGGUUUGUGGUGAGAGCAUUGCAGACAAGCCUGACUCCAGGAGACGUCAUGCUUACACUAAUCGAAGAAAGGACACGCAAAAGGUGCCGCGAUUCAACCCGUGGCUCAGUGUCGUGGUCGAGGAAUUCUCGAGGUGUGUCAGUGGUGUUUCAGUCGGCGUGCCGGCUUCCCUCGGAUGACUUGCCGUCUGUGGCAUCAUCGGCGCCAACUACGUCGACACUGGUGUCGUCACACUGCCUCCAGGCACGGCCCUCAUCGUCCGUCGAAGACAUCAGGGCUGCGUUGCCGACGUAGCCGCGCAGAAGGCGCAGAAUGUUGUUAGGUUUACGUUGUACUGUGUUUCAGACGGACAGGUGUUUUUUUCAUUGUGGGCUCAGUGUGCCUUCUGUUUUAUUUAUUGUGAAUAGGUCUAGUACAAGACAGCACUGAUGCUAAGAUGUUGCACAAAAAUUGGGAACCGAGUCUUUUGUGCUUGGAAAUAUCUUGCGCGUGUAGGUGUGCCUUUCCUGCUGUAUCUCGCAAGCGCCAGCACUGCUUUGGUGCAAACUUGCAUUUUCCGAGUCGUUUCCGUAAGUUGUUAUUGUAAGCUUGCUUACAUAUUGUUUUUGAUCACAUGCCAUUUCAAAUGAGAAUGCGUUUUACGCUUUUGCAAUAUUGCAACUGUAUUCGAAUUAGGUCUUGAAUUUAAUGUGACAGCCAACUGUAGCUGAACUUGAAAUGGCAUAACAGAGGUUGACAUCGAUGGAUUCUUAUCCAGCCCCUGUGACGAGUGUUUUGCAGUUUAUACUAUAGAGCAGUCUAACGUUAUGCGCCUAAAAAAGGGCACUCGGAAAUGGUAAACCAUGGACAUUUGUACCACAUUUUUACAUCAAUCAAUUCAUCUCUCAAACUGAAUUUUCAGGCAACAUUCAUUAGGGACGUUACAUUUAAAGUCAUUCAUUAUCACGUGCUUAGCUUGUGACGCGUAAUGUGUUGGCACAAUCACCAUAUGACAGAGUUUUAUACACAAGUAAAUCACCGCAAUGAAGUAAUGAGAACACCAAAAUUAUUUGCAUUGUAGGAAAAAUAUUUUUCCAUAUCGAAGGUUGCAUUCGCUUUAUCGCAGACAUUUGCCGCUAUGAAAUAACUUGGCAAGAUUACCCGGUUUGAUGUUAAUUUCAUAAACGUUUUAAGUUGCACGAAAUGAGGAAGGCUGCAACAUAAGAGGCAGCAGAAAUUGUGAAAUAUCACUGCCAUCAAUGUGCGGUUCAUGGAAGUGCUGCGUAAUUUUCACAUGCAGUCACGCUAGUCAUGUUUUUAUCGUUAAGCUAUAAAGUGGUACAAGGGGCAGUUGGAGACUGCUGAAGUGCCAUGACUUUACCUUUUUUUUUUAUUGUGCUGCCUGCCAGUUUUUGUCACCCUGAUGAUUAUUUCUAAUGCAUCGCUGCAUUGUUUGCAGCAUUUACAGGUUGAAGACUUGUAUGCUGUGCUGUGUGUGUGUUUGUACAUGCCUGUGUGCUUGCCUCAUUCGGACGCCUUCAGAACUUACAUUCAUACUGGGGCCAAGAGUCACUCUUCAGAAUUGAAAAUAGCAUUGCCACGUCGCACCAUCGUCAUGUCUACGUCGCAAUUUCUUGCUUUAAUCUGUGUGUGACAAACUGUGUUGUCAUCGUCUUCCAAACUGAGCCACUGUGGAUGUACUUAUGUCAGUGAACAAAACGGUUCUUAUAUUGUCGGGGGCACAGAUCUUAUGUAACAUUCCAGUUUUUUGGAAGGUUAAUUUUGUUUUUCAUGGGCAUUGGUACCUCGGCGCUCAACUUUGCUUACCUUUUCCCCACAUUACAACUUGAGAGCAUGCUGUCUCGUGCCUUUGUGCUAAAAGAACAUUUUUUUGAAAAGCUGCUGUUGGAUGUGUGAGGUGAGAAAUGAAUGAGAAUUGUGCUGCAAGACCACUACCAUGAUGUUUUGGUGCUGCGAGUGUUCUUAAACAUAACAGGGUGUGAUGUUUGGCAUGAGUCUUCUCUAGUGCCUCUACAGCAUUUAGACUACAAUUUCAGCCAUGCUGGCUCCCUUCUAGGCCACUGAUGAUAUAUUAAGGAAGGAACAAAUUUCAUACAGUCUUGGAAAUGCUCACGUAGAGAGUAGUAUACCAAUUCUGGUGCACUUUCCUUUUUUUAGCUCUCCUGUAGAAAAUUUCAACAAAUAUUUGUAUUGCCUGUAGUUAAAAAUGAAAUCUGUUGGCACAUUCUAAAUCAACACUUCAUCUGUCUGGUCUCCCUCCCCUGCCCCUCCCCCCCCCCCCCUUGUUUUUUUUGUGCAUCUGACAAGUGUUGACAUUUUUGUACUUAGAAAAUGCCGUUUCCAUUGUUGCUUCAUUUUUCAUUCACCGUGCCAUUGUUUCCCACUAGAACUUCAACAUGUUUUCAAUUUUGUGCACUUCUCCAAGUAGCUUAUGGAGUCAAAUAGCAAAAAUGGUUACCACAAUUGUUUUGCUUCAGCAAAACACACCGCAUCAUUAUCCGUUUCUUUUUAUGACAAUUAAUAGUAAUGGCACUGAACUAUUUAUAUAAGGUUGAGUCACUUGUUGGCAUGACGAUGUGACUGCCCGUUUCCAAGUACAAUGUACAUUUUGUACAUAGAACAAAUGCUUGUCAGCCAUGUAAAUACCUUUGUUUUCAUCGACCUCUUUGGGAAGAGAUGUUUUUGUAAAUGUCUGCAGCAGGGUCCGGUGCUUCCACUUUUUUUUUUCUAAUUGUAGCACAUGGACAAUGGCCAUCAAAUGUGAUAACGAACGCAUAUCUUCAGCACUGUGCGUGUGGGCACCAGACAUGCUACGCACACUUUUUUUCAGACUACAAGAAAGGUUAUGAAACAGUGCCUGUCGGAACACUUACUUUUGUUCAAAUCGAGUGAUUCCUCAUUGCAAGAAUAAACAAUCACAGUGAGUUGUGUCGCU